CCCGGGCUGCCUUCACCUUUUACUUUCCUCACGACGCGCCAUUUCAUGCUAUGCAUAACUUCACAGCUGAGAACACCACGUCCUAAUCAAAGAUCUCACUUUCCAUUCUUUCCGUCUCACCACAACUAUCUCCAUACGAGCUCUCGAAGAGAAAGAUGGAAAACCGUGAAUCCCGAAGAACCAAAAUCUCAACCUCGGAAGAAACGCACUCCACACCUCGCCUCCUUAUUUUCAGCCUCUGAAUCACCGCGGACCGUUCGGGUGGAAAACAUCUCUUCAACAGAGGUCUACGAAGAACUCUUUCAGAAAGCGCGUUCUCUUGGUCCGAUUCAAAAUGUAUAUCCGAACUCUAAAACCGGAUCCUUGAACCUCGUUCUUUUCAAUACCAAGAGUGCUGAACGUGUGGUGGAUCAUAUCCAGAACACACGCAUAGUCAACUCGAAUGGACCUGGAGGCCGAGUAGGAGCAGAAUACUCUGGUUCAGAGUCUUUGCCAUCAGCAGAAGUAAUAUGUGGGAUAUGGAGGGGAUACUCGAGGGCCUUUUAUUUUGUGCCCGCCGCUGGGACACCGACACCGUCCAUGAACGACCUCGAGUUGUUUUUUGGGCAUUUUGGUAAAGUCAUGAGUUUAAGACAGAUAGAGCUCGAGUUUGGGAACGGGAGCGGGAGACGAGCAUGGAGAGUGUCGUUUUGUAGUUUUCUUGAUGGAUUUAGGGCUGCAACAGGAUCGACCAAGCUUGGAUUGAAAGGGACGAUACUUCCGAUUCCUGUAACGGUCCCCAAGCCUGCGUUCGAGGACUUUCCCGCGUAUAUUCACUCCCUAUCAUCGAACGACUCGGAUAACACUUCUUCUUCUCGAACGGUAUCGAUAUCAGUACGCGGAGGAGGCUCGCUUUCGUUACCGUUACGAGAACUGCUGUAUGAGCUAACGACAGAAUCUACUGUAGAGUCGUGUUUUCCGGAGAGUGGCAACUCAUUGACAAUCACUCUCGGCUCCCCACGAGAAAAGACGCAAUUUGUCGCUAGACUCUACAAGUUUCUCCAAACAUCUCCAUUUCAUCUACAUCUGGAUGUUAAAAGAGAUCCUCGUCCUGAUCCUCCUCUUUCACCUCAUCGAAAGUUGGCAAUGACAUUGGGGGCUAGCAGACGCAUCAUUAUCUUUGGGUUCCCCACUUCCGAAAUCGAAAAUAUGGAUAACUCUAGAUGGGCGCUAAAAAACAAGAUACAAAAAGACAUAUCACGAUACGGGAUCGUGAAAGAAGUUCAAAUCAUCCGGGACGACACCGUGUACGUCCGGCUUAUCGACAUCAACAGUGCAGUUUCAGCGUUGAUUGCCUUGAAUCACGCUCAACAUAAACGUCCGUCGGAAGAGCUAUCAGAUUAUAGAGAUGUCAAGGUAGCCAAGUUCGCCUUGAAUAACGAAAAUAAAAGGAUGAACAAGUCUUUCAAUGAUGGUUACAUACCACGGGCACAAAGUCUGUGGUCCGAUCCAGAAGAACUUGACUCUGGAUUGAAUUCAUUGGAUGAGGAGGUUUUGGAUCUUCGAUACUGGUUGGGUGAGAAGGUGUAA